GCAGAGGAUGCAAAAAAUAUAUAACAACAUCCGUUGGGGGAGGUGUAAAACUUUCUGGAAUAAUUGAUUACGUCAAAUGUAAUUAUUAAUUUUUAUUUUCUUGUGGCAAACAAACAUUAAGAAAUUGUUCAAGCAGUUCAAGAUAUUCUUCAGGAUACUUCAUGUAGUGAGAAACAUGAGGUGGGUCAUCCCAUCGCUUGUUGAGGACAGUAACUCCGAGAGAUUUACGUUGAAUUAUAAAGUCAUCGAUAUCCCGAUAGAGUGCCAACUUGUCUGCUUUCGAAUAGAAAUACAAUUCAGGAUAGUCUAAUAUCAUACUUUCUAACUCAUCAAAUAAUGUUCCUGUUCCAAGUAAUGGAUCAAGCUUAAUCACCAAUGGCCACGUCAUGGAAACUGCAUACCAAAUUAAGUUUUUAACUAUUGGAUUGUGCACUCUUUCUGUGACACUAAUUUGCAGGCGAUGAAUACCUUCUUUUGUAUUUUUUACUGGGCAACUGUCAAAAAUAGCGCCGACAACUUUAAAUGCAUCAAAAUGUGGACUUCCCUGACUUGUUAAAGCUUUAGCAAUGUGAUAGUACACAGUACAUCCUCCACUGCUGAGAGAAUAUAGGAAAACUGGGUUUCCACCUGACGUUAGCUGUUUUAAAAGGUCCAUCAUGUACAUACUGGUGGUUUUAACUUUGCUGCUUGGUCGAAAGAAAGUAUCAAAAGAUGUUGCAGGCAAACACACUGUUGUCCAAUUUUUCUCUUCAAAUAUUUUGCUAUAUUUUUGUAUAUGUUUCAUCUUGGCAUCAUUCCAGCCGAGAAUUGCAACAACAGGCGUACUUGGUGAUUCUGCCACGGGUCUGGUUAUCAAAGCUCCAUGUUUUAUAGUGGGAACUUGAGUAGAAAUGCAUUGAGCAUUGAUUGCAAUUGGUCGAAAUUUACUUGGAUGUAUGAAACGACAUCUCAGUGUUACUUUUGAUAUCAUUUUGACACUUUAUUGGCAAAGUUAAUAAAUCAAAAAUUAACCAGCCAUCAAGCUUUAUAGUUAAAAUAUUUUAUCAAUACAGAAUGACCGAACUCUGACUGGCUGCACGAGAGUCUGGGGCCGAAAGACAAUAUGGCCGACAAAAAUAACAAGAAAUUUCAAAGUGCGGAGAAUAAAGUGACACAAAAUAUACUAACAAGAGGCACUCUUGUUUCGAGAAUGAUAAAUCCUGAACUAUUCAUCCGACCAGUAAGUAAGCACGAUUAAAAUCUUGCAUGAUAUGAUUGUGCUACACUAUUUAUAAAGAGUGAAACCAUCAACCAUGUUGUUAUAUUUUAGAACAAAGUUGUGAUGGGUAUUGGUUUAAUCAUGCUCACAGGAUGUGUUAUAUGUCUGGCAUACAUGAACUCUGAUCAAAAACCACUUCAAGUUCAAACAAAGGCAAAGCCGGUUUUAAGUGAAACGAGGAAAAGAUCAAAAUGGGAUUGAGACAUUUCACGAUGUCUUCUACAAUCUACACUGUCUUGUGAAGUGAACGCAAAUUAUGGGAAGAUAAUGUUAUUAAUAAUUAAUGGCAUGAUUGUACCAGGGAAGGAUGGUCUGUGCGGACAAACUUGAGCAAAGAUAGUUCGUAUGAUAAUAAUUUCUGCGUGUAUAAAUGAUUGGCGUAAAGGCAUCUGACUUUAAAAGUAAAAUAGUCUUAUGUAUCUUUCUGAACAACGAUAAAACCAGUGACCAACAAACAUUGUGUCCGAGAUUGUAUCAUUGUUGUUUUAAAAAUUGGAAACAAAAACUGUUACACUGUAAAAUUCAUUGUAAAAUUCGCGUAGUAUUAUUAGUGUUCGUGCAGAUCAUGGGUGCGCAAAAUUAAAUCUGAGCAAAAAAUAAUGUGCACGAAAAGGCGCCAGGCGGAAAAGCUUUGCUGCUGUAACAUGUAGAGGUGGAUCUAACGUGGGGUGCGCACCCCACCUAGUGGUGUCUAGUACCCCUAAACUAGGGUACCUGCAAGGUAGGGAUUGCUGCGGGCAUUAAAAGCAAAUAGAACUACAGUAAACAGCACAAAUUAUAUCAAGCACAGUGAAUCAGUGAUUACUCGCAGCGACCAGUGAGCUGUGAAUGGAACUGAGAAGAAGCAAUACUAUGAUAUUGAAGUAGCUAAGACCAGGGCAGUUAAAGGGCAAUCAGAAGUGACAGAUAUUAAACAUGUGCGUCUCAUUGACAUACAGGUAAAUUAAUAUCAGAUUUCAUAUCAAGUCUGUUUACUGCUAGGGCAUUUACCACAUUAUAUAGACUAUAUACACAGAUUUAUCACACUAAGAAACCAAAACUUUAUAAAAAUAUAGAACUGACAGUGGCCAAAGUCCAAAGCAAAUGUAAGCGUACAUUAGACUUGAAAAAGCUUUAGAAAUUCGAUAAAAAUUCGAAGACUCGAGCGAGUUUAAAAUUUGUGUUCUGCGCAUAGAAAGCGCGCACGACCACAAUUCCAUGCGCUAAAUAAAAUUUAGUUCAAAACCCCCUCUCUGCACAUAUUAGACUGCUGCUACGCUCGCUCGCUUCAGGCUCGCUCGCUACGCAGCAAUAAGUCCAGCACCGCCCUAAAAAUCUGCUUGACCAUACAUUUUCUGCUUUUCGAAUAGCGAGACUUCUGCUGUUAGCACGUGUCUAUUUCUUGAAACGAUUUAAUUGAUUUGUGAGCUCACGAGAAAAUACUCAGAAUGCUUUAGUUAAAUAUCAUGGUCAAAUAUGUAAACAUGUCGAGGUCGGUUACACAGCCAUAUUUCCAAAUAUACUGUACUGUGUGCUACAGCAACUGUCCAGUCACGCGUACGUAAUAAAAAUUGCAGUAACCAAUUUUACUUUCAAAUGGAGGGCAAAUUUCCUGUUUUGUUUUUUUGAAGCGCGAAAUUUAUUGCACUAUUAAUGGCAUAAUGCCGUUAAAAUAAUAUGAAUGUAUAUAUAUUAAUUUGACCACAUUGUGGUUCUUAAUAUUUCAUUUGUAAAAUGUUCACAAAUAUUCCAAACUAAACCUAUUAUUUAAAAUCUCUUAUUUCCCUUGUACUCUAUAAAUAAAACUUUCAUGAGCGUUAAAAUCAACCCUUGUUCCAGUUAAAAUACAUUGUUUAACCCAGUGAAUGGUCACUGUGGGUAUGCUUAGUAACCGCGCUUUCUGUAUGGUACUGUGUGCCACGUGACCAUUUCCCACAACGAUGACGUCACAGACAAAUUCGUUGUCCCCAUGUUGAAGUUUCUGAAGGAUAUUUGUUGGAAGUUUCUGCAGGAUUUCACAACCUGCAGCUGUCAAGACUUCACUCCACUGUUGUUUGAAUUCAUCCUCACCAACAAGAUGUACCUU